AUGGCGUGGUAUUAUCCUAAUUAUUUACUGCCCAAAAUCAGAGGGGUCAUUCAGUGCAGAGAUUAUGCAAGGAACACUACUUUUCCAAGUUACUAUCAAAAUCCAGUGUUUAGAAAAGAAGAUCAAGCAAAACUUAUAGAGAGUUCAGAAUUGUCUAAAAUAGCAGCGUUCCCAGUUAAACCACCCGCUGCAUGUGAAACUAGUUCUGUAUAUCAUGAUCCAAUUGUAAAUAAAGUUAUCAAUCAUAUAAUGGAAAUGGGAAAAAAAUCAUUAGCACGAUCACUUAUUGAAAAAGCAUUUGAGAAUAUAAAAAGAACACAGAUUGAACGCUACCAUUUGGCUUCAACACAACAAGAAAAGGAUAAAAUAGAAUUAGAUCCUAAGAAAAUACUGCAUCAAGCUAUUGAAAAUUCCAAACCUUUGCUUCAACUAACACCUAUCAAGAGAGGUGGUAUAACAUACCAGGUUCCUGGUCCUAUAACAGAAAACAGAUCCCUGUUCUUAGCAAUUAAGUGGCUUUUAGAAGCUACAUAUGAGAAAGAAAGAACAGUUCAUUUCCCUGAACAAUUUGCCUGGGAACUUUUGGAUGCUGCUAGCAACUCAGGGAAAGUUGUAAAAAGAAAACAAGAUUUACAUCGUCUUUGUGAGGCAAACCGUGCUUACGCACACUACAGAUGGCAAUAG